AGGCAGAGCUGAGGAGGAGACAUUAGUCCUGCAGCUUUACACUGUUCAUCACAGGUUUUCUUUACUUUGGUUUCUUUAGAGAAAGCUCUGCAGAGAUGGUCAUGAGGAGUCUGGUGUUCCUGCUGCUGCUGGCUGUGAGCAGUGCCAAAGUGUUUGAGCGCUGCGAAUGGGCCCGAGUGUUGAAGAAAUACGGGAUGGACGGAUACCGAGGCGUCACCCUGGCUGACUGGGUGUGCCUGUCUCAGUGGGAGUCCAGCUAUGACACCGGAGCCACCAACUACAACGGACCCGGCUCCACAGACUACGGCAUCUUCCAGAUCAACAGCCGCUAUUGGUGCGAGGACGGCUCCCCUACAAGCAACGGCUGCAACAUCAAAUGCAGCGAGCUUCUGAGUGACGACGUUGGUGCAGCGAUCAACUGUGCCAAGCGUGUGGUGAAGGAUCCUCAAGGCGUCAGAGCCUGGGUGGCCUGGAAACGUCACUGUGAGAACCAGGACCUGAGCUCCUAUGUGCAGGGAUGUGGUGUGUGAUCAGCUCCUGGAGUCCAGCAUCCUCUGCUGCAGUUGAACAACUUCUUUGUGGUUCAACAAUAUUUCAGACAAAUGCUGAACACACUGAUGUACUGCAGCUAAUAA